GGCCAAACAAGCAGACGCUGCCGAGCGGCGAUGUGUUGCUGCUCGAGCAGGCUUCGUGAUUGGUUGUGGCGCGCUCGUGCCGGCGGUUGCUAGGCUUCUGUGCGCCCCCCCUCCCCCAGGUACGUGUCGCGCGCCCAAUGAAUCUGGUGUGAAGACUUUUUGAUUAAGCAACUUUAUAUAGGUUGUUGGCUCUGGGCCUAUUUUCCUGGCUAGAAGAAUAUACUUGAUACGUGCAGUUAUAAUGAAUCCUGGAUUUGUACAACUACCCCCAGUAUUGGGGAGGACUUUGCUGGUUCUGACAGUGAUUACUUCUGCUAAGUGCCAUUGGCCCAGUGAAGCCUCAGAAGUUGUACGGGAUUGGGAACAUCAGUUAGAAGCCUCCAUGCAUUUGGUGCUUUCGGACCUCCGUGAGAGUGCACCGGCGGUGGUGGGGAUUCCAGACAGCUCUGCUGUAGUAGGCCGCACCUUCAGAGUCACCAUCCCUACAGACCUUAUAGCUUCCAAUGGAGAGGUUAUCCAGAUUGCUGAAGCUGGAAAAGAAUCCUUACCUUCUUGGUUGCACUGGGAACCUGAGAGUAGGACCUUGGAAGGUCUCCCACUUGAGACAGAUAAAGGCAUUCAUUAUAUCUCAGUGACUGCAGUGCAUCUGGUAUCUAAUGGAAGCUAUGUGCCCCAAACCACCAAUGUCUUCUCAAUUGAAGUUCACCCAGAAGAUCAUAAUGAACCUCAGUCAGUACGGGUGGCUUUACAAGAGGUGAAUGAAGCAUCACCAUUUGUGUGUAGUGCCGAGGAGCCAGUCACCAUCUUGACUGUAAUUUUGGAUGCUGACUUAACAAAAAUGACACCAAAGCAGAGGAUUGAACUUUUGAACAGAAUGAAAACCUUCUCAGAAGUGGAACUUUAUAACAUGAAAUUAGUUCCUGUUGUAAAUAAUAGACUCUUUGACAUGUCAGCCUUCAUGGCUGGACCAGGGAAUGCUAAGAAGGUGGUGGAAAAUGGAGCCUUGCUAUCAUGGAAACUGGGCUGUUCCUUGAGCCAAAACAGUGUUCCCAACAUAAGUAAUGUUGAAUCUCCAGCUAAGGAAGGAACAAUGUCUGCUCAUCUUGGUUACCCUGUGGUUGGUUGGCACAUUGCAAACAAGAAACCUAAUCUUCCAAAGAGAAUAAGACGGCAGAUUAAUGCUACACCAACACCUGUGACUGCUGUUGGACCUCCAACAACUGCCCCCCAAGAACCACCAACUAGAAUUGUUCCCACACCAACCUCUCCAGCCAUUGCACCUCCUACUGAAACGGCAGCACCUCCAGUAAGAGAGCCUGUACCAUUGCCUAAGAAACCCACAGUUACUAUUAGAACAAGAGGUGCUAUUGUUCAGACACCCACCCUUGCCCCAGUUCAGCCAACCAGAACAGUGGAAAUAGGCACUAUUACUCCUGGCCAGAUUCGACCAACAAUGACUGGGCAGGUAGAAGCUACUGCCGUUGUUACACCUCCCACAACAAAGAAACCCAAAGGAACAACUCCAAAACUAUCAACACCAUCAACAACUGAUACAGGAACAACACGAAGACCAAGACCUCCAAAAACUCCUCGACCUCCAAAGCCUCCUCGGACUACCAAACCAAGCCUUGUUGAACAGAAAACAGUUUCACCACCAACUCGUAUUCGCACCACUGCAAUUGGAAUUCCACGUGUGCCCAAUGAUCCACCAGUGUUGAAAAACCAUAUUGACAGGGUAGAUGCAUGGGUGGGCACAUACUUCGAGCUCAAAAUACCUUCAGACACUUUCUAUGACAAAGAAGAUACUACCACCGAUAAGCUACAACUGACUAUGAAACUAGAAAACGAGAAACCAUUGGAAGAAAACUCCUGGGUGCAGUUCAAUAGCACUAGUCAGCUAAUGUAUGGAUUACCUAAUCACACCCAUGAAGGCAGGCAUGAGUUUUUUAUGCAUGCUACAGACAAAGGUGGCCUUUCAGCUGUGGAUGCUUUUGAAAUAUUUGUCCACACUCUUGGAGAUGAUGAGAUACCUCCAGUUAAAUUUAAGGCCAGAUUCCAUGGAGACCAUAACAUAGUAGCCAAUGACAUUCAUAAGAAAAUUAUGUUGGUAAAGAAGUUGGCAUUUGCUCUUGGUGACAGAAACAGUAGCACUAUUACCAUACAGAAUAUUGGCAAAGGCUCUAUUGUAGUUGAAUGGACAAAUAAUACUCUGCCUUUGGAUCCAUGCCCCGAAGAAAAGAUUCGCACCUUGAGUAGAAAAAUUUCUGAUGAUUCUGGAGUUCCAAGCACAGUUUUUUCAAAUACUCUGGAACCAGAAUUUAGGCCCAUCAAUAUUUCUGUAGUUGGUGCCGGUAGCUGCAGACACAUUCAGUUUAUUCCUGUGACUAGAGAUGGGCUCCCUACAACUGUACUUCCUACAGUUGUGCUUCCACGAGAUCCAGAAAAGACAAGUGAAGAUGAUGUUUACCUGCACACAGUGAUUCCUGCAGUAGUAGUGGCAGCAAUUUUGCUUAUAGCUGGCAUUAUUGCUAUGAUUUGUUAUCGCAAGAAGAGACAAGGCAAACUCACUAUAGAAGACCAGGCCACCUUUAUCAAGAAAGGAGUACCAAUAAUCUUUGCAGAUGAGCUGGAUGACUCCAAACCUCCCCCUUCCUCUAGCAUGCCAUUGAUUCUGCAGGAAGAAAAAGCUCCUCUCCCUCCCCCUGAGUAUCCAAAUCAAACUAUGCCAGAAACCACCCCACUGAACCAAGAUGUCACAGGAGAGUAUACACCUUUGCGGGAUGAAGACCCUAAUGCCCCUCCCUAUCAGCCUCCCCCUCCUUUCACAACACCCAUGGAGGGUAAAGGUUCCCGCCCGAAGAACAUGACCCCAUACAGGUCUCCACCUCCCUACGUCCCUCCUUAAUGGACCUGAGACAGCUGCGGAGAUGGAGCCUUUAGUUCCACACCAGUGUUAUCUGUAGGGAUCAGUGGCCUGCAAAUCUGUUGCCAACUAGAAAACCAACUUUCAGAACCUCAAACAUUGCCUGAUCCCAGCAGGCCCUCUCCGAGUACAUUUGCAAAACCAGAGUGCUUGUGGAACUUUUGGGACACUGAUUUUAUUUUUGCCUAACAGCUUAUGUUUUGUUUAUUCAUAGAAAAAAAAAUCUUCUUGGCUCAAAAUAUUUCUGACAGCAGGCGUCUCAAAGCAUCUUGUGCAAAGGGAGACUGGACAUGCAGGCAGCACUAGGGGUGGCACACUGGGUCUCUGCUGUUUGCCUUUAAAACUAACUGUACUGUUUUUUCUAUUCACUUGUGUCUAGCUACAGGGCAUAACAUGAAACAUAGCCUAAGAAUUAAAUUUAAAGGACUUUAUGAGGUCAAUAUUAAGUUUUUACACUUAAUUGCUGUUACCGAAACUUGUAUGUAUAGAUUUGGGAAAGGAGCGAAGUGCUUUACUACAAAUAAGCUCAAAGGGUGUUUCCAAUGCCAAUCAGGCUGAGGAACCAUCUUUUUUUUAAUCAAAGGAAUCCUAUUUUUUCACAUAUUAUACAAUUUAGUCAUCACCUGGGGUCCUUUCUGCAAAUUAUAGAGCUCUUGUUUCUCUAGCCUGCUGUUGCUGGACAGAUGGCACAAAUACCUUUAACAGUGGCGUUCGAAGUAUCUUUGCCAUUAUCGAAAAGCAGAAUUAUGGAUGUAAUGUCGCUGCCUUUUGGAACGUGGAGGCCCGACAGUGGUAUCUGUAGACUGCAAAGGGUCAUGGUGCUGCACUGAGAUUUUUCCAUCUGGAAGGUAUGCUUUGGCUUUUGAAACACUCUUGAGGUAUUUUGGUGAAGAUGCAAUAUUUUUACGUAGUAUAAUGCAGUUUCCUUACAUGAACCCCUCCGGGGCCCACCGUAUUGGAACAACCCCUUGUCCCCCCACCGUUUGGGUUGUCCUGGCUCACUCCCUGUUUUCUAUUGCAUACAGACGCAAUAGAACCUGUCUGGCGUAUGGGAAAAGUAAUAACAAAUGCCAGAAACAGUUCCUAGUAAGCAUCAGUGAACUCUCAGCUCUAAUUUUUUUACUAAAUUUUUGAUACAGCGUCAAAUUUUAUUAAUUAUAAAAAAAUAAUAGUGGUAAUGCUGCCAGCAGUUUGUAUGAGCUUAGCUUCUUAGUAUCAAUUCAGUGAGUCUGAUGCUAUGCUCAUGUUGCAUUUUUUUUUCUUUUUUGGUCUUUCAUAGUCAUUGUUUUAAAUAUUAGAGCCAUGUCUCAGUUUCUUGCCUUUUUAAAAAACUGAACUUCCUUCUGGGAAGUUGGAGCUACUCUCAGGGUUGCUCCCAGCUUUUUUUCUUUAGACAAAAUCGUUUUACGCAUGGAUUUUUUUUUUCUUGUCCUUUGAGACUAUUUUGGGUACACUAGAGGGAGGAAAAACCUUUUGCAAUAAUGAGUCCAUCCCCUGGCUGGGGGCUGGGCAGCCUCUGGCUGACUUUGCACACAAAGCAGACACUUCUAAGCCAUAUUGACUGUUUUGCAAAGUAUGUUUGUGUGCUGACAUGGCCAGUUAACACGCUAGUGGAUGAAUGGCUAAAUGACCUGCACCUCUGAACUUGCUCGGGUGGCAUUUUUCAUCAGACUUCUUUUAAAAUAUGCCAGCAGGGUUUGAAACCUGAAAACAAAUGUUAAUUUUGCUCUCCCCCGUGGAUCUGCAUUUUUGCCCGCACUCUGGGAGGGCUAGAAGGGUAUGUGUUGAAGUGAGGAUGAUAGAAUAGAUUUGUCCUAGAAAGUUCCUUUGUGCCCCCAAUCCCUGGUGCUUGAAUAUUGUCCUGUGCCUGCUGUAAAGACAGGCCCUGGCACUCUUCUCCCCACCCAAAAGAGAAGGUCAAGGGAAGAUCAUUAAGCGGCAUCAGGUAAGGCACAGUGCAUUUGGACAGAUACUGGGAGUAAGUUAGUAAAAUACCCCUGCCCCCCCCCCCCGAGCUAGGAGUUUGGUGCCAACAUCUCUACUGGCAGGCCCACAUUUCAGGAUGUCCCCCACUUUAUCAACAGACAGCCUCCUAAGCCUAAAUGCUGCAAGCUUGAAGGGCCUUCCAAACAGUGCCGUCGUCCCUAGCAACUGAUACCACUUUAUUACUGGUCACGCGCAAGCGCAAACAUUUUCAGGCCUGGGCCUACCUGUCACCAUAGAAACUGGAGGCGAAGGGGCAGUGAACAGAAUAAUAACAAUGGCAUUCUCAUCAGCCGGUUUCCCCUAAGCACCAGUGCUGUUUAUUUAUGCCACUAGACACUGUAAUGGUGGGAGAAAACCUUGUAUUAAAAAGUGUUCACCAACCACUGAUGUGUUUUUAUGUCCUUAUAUAAUUAUUUUAAAAUGUGUUUUCUGCAUUAUGUAAAGAAACAUAUCAACUAAAUAAACCAGUGUACUUUACUAUAAACUCAGAAGCUAUUGAGCUCUUCCAUUGGAUCCACAGGGUUCUCGGCACACAAUAGUCUCAUAACGUAGAAAACAUCUGAUAGAGACACUGCAGAAAAUGCAGCAGAAUGAUCCCAGGGAGUUUGACCACUCUGUUUUGCAGUGAUGGCUGUAAGAGAAUGUCAUGCUAUUCUUGGAAUUCCAGAUAUUCUCAGUGUUGAUCUCAAAAGCCUUCCCAAAGGUGGGGCUGGUAGAGAUUAUGGGAGUUUCAACCAGCACACCUAGAGGCCAUGAGAUGGGGAACAACUUAAAAAAAACUUCGUAGCUGUCUUGCAUUGGAUCCUCACCAAUGAGUGGAGAAAAUCUGUUUUCAAAAAAGGAUCAAAAGUGAUAAGCAGAACACAACAAUGUUGGUAAAAAAAAAUCAAAUAUUAAGGAAAGUAAGGACUCUUCAGACACAAUUGUAAAUAAACAUGAAGGAAACGAGGAAAAAUAGAUAUUCAGACCAUGAGCACCUUUUAGUUCUGCCUGCUACCCCCUUUGCCUGAUGAAAAAUCUAAUAAUCCUAAAGCGUCCAUGCUAUUUUUUAAAUUCAAAUUCCCAAUAAAGGAAUUGCUACAGCAGAGACUUUUUUCCCCCAUUCCUGGAAUAUUUGUUGAGUGGUUGGAGCCUAGGCUGGGAUUCUUCAUGUUAACUACAAACAUCAGAUAUUGUUUGUUUAUCAUUAAUGUAGUCUGUCCAUGUAAAAUGCUUCACAAGCAUGAUUCAUCCUCCUAACAACUCUGAAGUAACCUUAAGGGCCUGUUUUAAAAAUGGAGAAGUAUUACAGCAUAAUCGAAUCUAUCAGGUUUGUUCAUGGCCAUGCCUGAACUUAAAUAUGCAUCACUAAAGUCUAGUUGCAUUUAUCGAAAGCUCUUAAUACAACCAAGGUCUCUCUUUUCCUAUUCUCUUGGGUCCCCCAAACACCAGCUCUACCACUGGUCUGAUGCGGUGCCUCAGCCAGUAAGAACAGAUUGGGGGAGCAGGAAUAGGACUCGGAUUCAGUUUAGAUCACAUCUUCCUCUCUCCAGCGGACACCGGAGAUAAUUUAGAUUCAGUAACAAUUUACCAACUAAAAUUAUAUUCAAAUUGCUACAUUAACUAUUCAGUGAAAAUUGCUGAUCAUUUCAAAAGCUGUAUCUAUUUAAAUCAGUAUUGGCCAUUUUAAUAGAUUAUUGUAACUUCAUUUUCAUUUGGAGAGGAUUAUGUUUUUCUCCGACUAGAGAUUCAGGUUUAGUACGUCUUUGGGAGAUUGUAGGUCAGAGGAAUGACAGAUGAUAAAAUUGGACUUCUUGGCCAUACUGCUAUGUAAGUGCAUGAUGUGUCUUUCCACUGAUUCCAGUUUUAAUAUUUUCUUGUACCCACACUAGUUAUGCAUUCAGAUUACUCUUCUAUGCUUUUACAUAGGCUGUAAAAUUGAUAAAUCUCUAAUUGGGGGAUAAUCUAUGCAUUCAUAAUUCAUGUAUUUAUUUGUAUUUGCUUUAGUCAGGAAAACUAAAAUCUGUAUUACAUUAAAAUUCUUUCUGUAUUCCUAAGGCACAAUUCUGUGCUUGCUUAGCACACAGGAAGCCCCAUUUAACACAGGCAAACUAAUUUCUAAAUAAAUAGGAACAUGAUUACAUCUCAUGACUAUCUUGCGUUUCAAGGAGCAAGGCUCCUUGAAAUUGAAUGAAUGAAUGAAAAAUAAAUAAAUAAAGGCCCUUAGUAUUGCAUGGCUACAAUCCUGUGCCCAUUUACUUGAAAAAUAAAUCUUACUGCUCUAUUAUACAAAACAAAGUCUUUUUAAAAGCUGCAUUUAAACUUUCACAGACUAACACCAAACAGUAUUCCUGCAUAUUGAUAGUAUCCAAGAUUAUAUAUAGAGCCCAAGAUUAUAUAUCGAGAGUAGCCCUUUCCAUCACAACAAAAAUGUCUUUGCUAUGCCUCAAGCUUGAUACAUUUCAAUUUUUUGGUCACAUUAACAGCUUUAAACCAUGUUAUCCUUCCCAAAGCCAUAUUAGCAAAUAUAUGGAUAUUAACCGAAAUAGAACAACACUGGGGCAAGCCCAUAUCCUAUAUGUAACAUUCCCCUCCAUCAUCCUAUCCUUACAGCGUAACAAAAUUAACCAGCCUUUUCUAAACCUCCUCUGAUGUGUCCAAUAUGUACAAAAACUGAUUCAUUUAAUUAAUCUCACUUUAAGAAAUAUACUUCUUUUUAACCAUUGGUUUUCCCCGAUAGAGUAUUGUGAAAAAGCCUGACAGGUCUUCCAGCUCUUUAAUUCAAAAGUUCUUGCAGAUCUAUCCAAAUAUGGGUGGACCUGCCUGGUCCAAAUCAUGUAAUCAGAUUAUCUUUUAACUGAACAUGACUAGCAAUAAAGUUAUCUGAAGUAUUAAACAUGGUAAUGUUAGCCCAUUAAAGGGUGGGGGGCAGGGAGGAAGGAAAGAAUUUACUUGAAAUUCUCAAACUAGGAUUAUCCUAGAGUCUAAAUGUAUCAUAGGAAUAAGGGUCAAAGUUACUACAUUUCCAUUCCAGCAACUUCCAUCUGUGUCUGACAGCUCUUAAUACUGAAAAUAUAACUGAAUUUUGCAUUAAAAGGAACCAAGGCCACCACCAAGAUAUAAGAAAGGUAAUAUGAUAACUUUAUUAUUGGGCCUGUACUGCAAUUAAAAAAUGUGAGUUACAUAAAGAGAUAGAAGUCAAAAGGUCUGCCCAGUGAUGAAUGUAUCCCACCCCCCACCCAUCAUAUGGAAACCAUACUUUGGAUAAAGUAAAUCAGGGGAGAGGGUUCCUUCCCCUAGAAGCAUGUUUAAUAAUUCAUCAAUCUGUUUAAAAUACCUUAAAAGUAUUCAUACAGGAACAAAUCUUGAAGCAAUAUUCAUUUUAACAUUUCUUUCCCAUAAACCCAUUGGGAUUUUUAAACAUUUGUUUAUAUUAAUAUUGAUCUGAGGUAAAGAAUCUUAGAUGUUUACAUCUGCAAACAACCUUUAUUUGGAUUAAUAAUUCCAAGAAUUUAAAUCCCAAACAAAAUACCCAUGUUACCAAUUUUCUUAAAUAUAUUAGAGCCUAUGGAAAGUAUUUGAGUCUUACCCCAUUUAAUUUAGUAACCUGAUAUUUAUCAAAUUGUUAAUCCUUAUCAGUAAAUGUUAUUGUGUUUAACUCCAGUCAGUUGUAUACCCUGAUUGUCCUUGUCCUAUUGGGCAAGACAAGCCAGUAAUUCUAGUAUCAAAUUAAA